GAUUUUGAACACAACAACAGCGACAACCUCGUAUUCGAGAAGAGAAAAAUAAGAAUCAACAAUGAAGGUUUUAUCAAUAUUUUGGGGGGUUCACAUUGUUGUUGUGGCAGCAGUUUUGUUCGAACUGGGACCGCCAUUUUUUGUCGUUGAAGCAGCCAAAGAUACCGAACAAAAUCCUAACAAAAGUAGAAGCAGUAGUAGCAGCAGCGCUACUAUGAAAGAAAGCAGCCCCUCGCGACUCCGAAGAACGACCCAGGUCCUGCAAGUUGCCAUUAUUGAAGAGUCAGAUCGGAAGAAACAACAACAGCUCAAGGAAAUAUCCAGUAAUAACCAUUAUGAUAACGGAAAGAUAGUACACAAUAAACCUGGAAGUAAUAGCGACGAACGAAGAGAAACAUCACGGCAUUUGCUUCAAGCGAGUAAGAUCACUGCAAUGAAUCACUACCAGGCUGUAAAAGAAGAAAAUGUAUUGAUGAACGUAAACGAAAUGGUCCGCAUGUUCGAACGAGACGAUCGAGGCGAUCGAGGUUAUUAUUAUAGCAUGAGUAUGGAGCCGGUAAGUUCAGUCCGAAGUCAUGUAGAAAGUGAUGUUCUGUUCUCCACUGUCUCGACACAAUAAAGGUCCACGAAAAUAGUGUAUGAUGUGCUAGAGGAGACGAAUCCUUAGAGAAGCCAAAUAUUUCAAUAUUGACGAACUUCGUGACAGGCUAUAUAAUCCUUAGAUAUUUUUAACUCUAUUGAGGACAUUAAAAUUGCUCAUCCAUUUUUUCCUCCCUCGAAUUACAGGCGAAACGACCAACUCAAAAACCUACGAGGCAGCCGACUUAUCGACCGACCAAUCGACCCACCAAUCGACCCACCAAUCGACCUACAGAGGCACCAUAUUUUGAGAAUAUUUCGCGUCCCCCUACCAGGUCUCCCACGAGACGACCCACCCGCCCACCAACGAGGCCCCCAACAGGGUCUCCUACCAGAUCACCCACUAGGUCUCCAAUCCAAGUGGAUCCUAAUCCGAUCCCAACUCCUGUUGUCGCUCCGGUGGUGGCUCCUGUCAAUUUCGACGUGCCUACCCCCAACGGUGAUACGAUAUGUGGAGAGUUGACACCUCAGGAACGUGAAACACUUAUUUUGGGGCAACUGGCGACGUACAGUGGUGGUGACGUGACAAGUCCGGGAACACCCCAGAACGAGGCCUUCCGAUGGCUAAUCGAAAAAGAUUCUGCCAUGGUCUGCCCCGAAGACUUUUUGAACGUCCAACAGCGAUACAUUCUGGCUGUCUUGUAUUUUUCUACCGAUGGCAACAAUUGGUUUAAUUGCAAUGCACUUUCGUCGCCAGAUCUCAGGCAGUGUCCGGGUGGAGACUCGCAACGCUUCCUAUCCUCGAGUGAUGUUUGUUUCUGGUAUGGCAUUAGCUGCAACCGACUGCGAGUUUCCGGAAUAUCCAUUGAUGAAAACAACCUGAGAGGCGACCUUCCGGACGAACUUGGUUUCAUGGAACAAAUAGAAGACAUCGACUUCGAUGGAGAGAUCGAAGAAGGCCUGAACUUUCUAAGCGGAACCAUUCCCUCGACCUUUGGUUUGCUUGAAAAGCUAGUAACCCUCGAUUUAGAUUCAAAUCAAUUGACGGGGCCCAUCCCGGAAGAAAUUUUUGAGGCUAAGCGUUUGACGAUCAUGGAUCUGGAUUCGAAUGAGCUGACCGGAACACUCAGUCCAAAUUUUGCGAAUCUGGAAGAACUGCAAAUUCUCUUCUUGGACAACAACGGUUUCAACGGAAGUAUCCCAUCUGAAAUGGGUGCGAUGCAACGAUUACGAUUCCUUCGCUUGGACCGAAAUGAAUUGACAGGGUCGAUUCCCGAUGACUGGGUAGCUAUGCAGAACCUACGGGUGAUGUUCCUCAACAACAACGGGGGUAUUACUGGAACGAUACCCGAAUUUCUUGGCGAAUUCGUCGACAUGCAACAACUGAGUCUCUUCGAUACUAGCAUUUCGGGGACUGUUCCUUCGAGCCUCGGGCAAUUGACUGGCCUCGUUAAUCUAUUCUUGCACUUCACGGACCUAACGGGAACGAUGCCCCAAGAAAUUUGUAAUUUGCGUACGACAGGUGCUCUCAACUUUUUGACAGCAGAUUGUGCGGGGGACAAUCCGAAACUCCAGUGUUCCCAGCCCGAUUGUUGUACCGUUUGUUUUUAGGUGAAAAGAGCAGUCAUCGUAUAAUUGGUAUUCGUAUGGGGCAUUGUCGAACUUGUUUCGAAAAAGGGAACAUCAUAAUCAUUUAAUUUUGGGGAACAUAAACAGAGAACAUACGAGAGACAAGAAGAUAACACAUCAAUGCCAUCACAAAUCGAAUGAAUUUCACACACAUCAUGAUCAAUGAUCCAUCAUGAACUCAAAACGAUCAAAUUCAAAUAAAAUCAUAACUAGAAG